GAACUAUGCAUCCCAAUGGACACCACACAGAAACUACUCACUGGCUGCAACACCCGUUUUAUUGAGAUCCAUAGUAGCCGUUACAAAAAAACUACAUCCUGUUUCCACACGGACCCGGAAGUCGUCCUGAUUCCGCGGGUCUUUUGGGACAACACAACUCCGCACAACACACAGUGUGCAGAAAUGGCGGGAGUAAAUACCAUGGAGAAGAAACUGGCCGAAUACAAGUGUGACACCAAUGAAGCUAUAAGCUUGAAGCUGGUUCGCUUUCCAGAGGAUGUUGAGGAUGAUGGCACUACAUUCCACCCCGAGUACAGCCACCAACUUUUUGGAGACGAUGAGGUCGCUUUUGGAUACAAAGGUCUUCAGAUACAGCUCUUCUACACUGCUGGAAACCUGAGCAACCUCUUCAAAGUGAAAUAUUCCUCCAAAGUCACUGAGACAUUCGAUUGUGUGGAGCCUGACGAUAUCGAAGGGAAGAUCCGGGAAAUCGUUCCUGCUGGGUUCACCUGCAACACUGAUGACUUCAUCUCACUGCUGGAGAAGGAGGCCAAUUUCAAGCCCUUCGGCACCCUGCUUCACUCGUACACAGUCCACAGCGAGGAGGCAGGAGAGCUCACGUACCAGAUUCACAAGGCUGAUAUUACCUGCCCGGGAUUCCAAGAGUACCACGAGCGCCUGCAGACCUUCCUCAUGUGGUUCAUAGAGACUGCCAGUUUCAUCGACACAGACGACGAUCAUUGGGACUUCUUUCUUGUAUUUGAAAAGUACAAUAAAGAUGGGGAGACUCUCUACGCAACUGUUGGCUACAUGACAGUUUAUAAUUACUACGUGUACCCAGACAAAACCCGACCACGUGUAAGCCAAAUGUUGAUCCUGCCUCCGUUCCAAGGAGAAGGUCAUGGAGCUCAGCUUCUGGAGGCAGUGCAUAGAUUUUACUGCAGCCUGCCUAAAGUGCAAGACAUCACAGCUGAAGACCCCUCUGAGAAUUACGUGAAGCUGAGAGACUACGUGCUGGUCAAGCUUUGUCAAGGCCUGCCUUCCUUUGCUGCAGACAAGCUGCAACUCGGCUUCUCCGCUGACAUGGUCAGAGAGGCACAAGAAAAGUUUAAAAUUAACAAGAAACAUGCAAGGCGAGUGUAUGAAAUCCUGCGCCUGAGAGCAACAGACAUGAGUGAUGAAGAAAAAGCAAGAGAGUACCGUUUAGAGGUGAAGAAGAGGCUAUUUGGACCAUACAGGAAGAAUCAAAGGGAGCUGACAAAGAUGAGGAAGUGCCUUCGGCCGGAGGAGCUGGUGUCCCACAUGGGUCAGAUGGACACUCAGACGCAGCACGAGGAGCUGGAGAAGAGUUAUCAGGUUGUUGUGGAAGACUACAGGAGAAUCAUUGAGAGGCUUGCGGCACAGGCCUGAUCAGACUCUGAGAUGCUGCUGGCCUGGAGCCCACCCUCUCAACAUACAGGUGGUCUGCCCUGUCUGUACAAAGCCCACAUCACCACAGACUUCAGCUGCAACCAAGAAGAAGAAACUGCUGAUGUAACAAAAUCACUGUUUUAAUUAAAGAGUGUUACAGAUUUAUCGUGGCUGAGUCAGGUGCAUCAGUCAUAGGUUUCAGUGGAGAAGACCUGUUUGUUUCUCAGCUGAUGUUGAUACAGUAGAGGAGAUUGGUUCAGAUGGAGGGUGAGCCUUCCUGUUUUUCCCACGUGUUUAAUCACAUUGUGUGAGAUUAACUGAUAUGUAAUAUUUCACAGGUGAUAGGAGGUCCACUACCCUGCAGAGGAACCCUGCUUCUUUUCCAUUAUAGACAUUUUUUUAAAGAUCUUUUUGUCAAAACAAUUCCCAAUGUGUUUUGAAACACUUCAUAAUGAAAAUAAAAAAUGGUUUUGUA